UUACUAUAUAAGAGGUAUUCCAAGUCUACCGUCAUUUCCGAAGAAGUGACAGAAAGAGAUUUUCACUUGCUUGGAAGACAAAAUGGCGAACGAGUCGAUUAUCCGGAUCCCUCCCUAUCAUUACAUCCAUGUCUUGGAUCAGAACUCCAAUGUCACCCGCGUGGAAAUCGGGCCCAAGACCUACAUCCGGCAGGAUAAUGAGAGGAUCAUAUUAGCUCCAAAGAAGAUGGUGAUGGUUCCCCCACGACAUUACUGCAUCAUCCUCAAUCCAGUGGUUCAUGAGACUGAUGGGGCAGUCCAUCUUGAUGCUCUGGGGCAAGUCCGGCUCGCACAUGCUGACUUGGAGAUCAGAAUGGCUCAGGACCCUUUCCCUUUAUAUCCAGGAGAGGAACUAAAACAGGAUGUUACACCUUUACAAAUUGUCUUGGCUAACACCGCCCUGCAUUUGAAAGCCCUGCUGGACUUUGAAGAUGGCCAAGGGGGCAAAUAUGUUGCUGGAGAUGAAUGGUUGUUUGAAGGACCUGGCACCUACAUCCCACGAAAAGAGAUUGAAAUUGUGGAGACAAUCCUGGCCACCAUCAUUCGUCCCAAUCAAGCCAUCAAACUUCAAGCACGGAAGGAAUGCAAGGACAGAGAGGAGAACAAACGCGUGACAGGUGAGGAAUGGAUGGUGAAGAAGGUUGGGGCUUACUUGCCAGGUGUCUUUGAGGAAGUAGUUGACAUUAUUGAUGCUGUCAUUCUGACUGAGAAAAAAGCACUGCACCUCCAGGCCACUAAAACGUUUCGGGACUCUCAAGGUAUCGUGAGGAAAACUGGAGAAGAGUGGUUGGUCACCAUGGCAGAAACUGAAGCCCACAUCCCUGAUGUGUAUGAGGAAGUGCUGGGCAUUAUUGACAUCACCACCUUGAACAGUUGCCAGUAUUGUGUAGUUUGUGACCCGAUAGGCAUAGAUGGAAAACCUCAGCUUGGGCAGAAGAAGGUCAUUAAGGGCGAGAUAUCAUUUUUCCUACAGCCCGGAGAAUGGUUGAAAGACGGGAUCCAAGACAUUUACAUCCUAUCUGAAGAAGAUGGCCUCUUACUACGUGCAGUUCGCCCCAUUGAAGACAAAAACGAGGACGACGAGGACAUUCUGCGCAGGCCAGGUGACCGCUGGCUGAUCCGAGGCCCUCUGGAGUACAUACCCCCUGCGGAGGUCGAAGUGAUGGAGCAACGCCAUGCUAUUCCCCUGGCUGAGAAUGAAGGCAUUUAUGUCCGGGAUAUUAAGACAGGGAAGAUUAGGGCUGUGAUUGGCCACUCUUACAUGCUGUCUCAGGAUGAGGAACUGUGGGAGAAACACCUGCCUGCCCACGUGGAGGAUUUGUUGUCUACAGGCCGGGAUCCUCUUCUUGAUCGCUCCAAAGACAGCUCAGACAAGAGCGUUGUGUUGCCCCGUGAUAAGACACGGGCUGUGUCUUACCGUGUCCCCCACAACGCGGCUGUGCAAGUUUACGACUACAAGGAGCGUAAAUCCAGGGUGGUUUUUGGACCAGAACUAGUGCUACUGGGUCCAGAUGAGCAAUUCACAGUCCUGAGUCUCUCUGGGGGCCGACCCAAACGCCCCCACACCCGGCGUUCUCUAUGUCUCCUCUUGGGGCCAGAUUUCUGCACUGACAUUAUCACUAUUGAAACAGCUGACCAUGCCCGUCUCCAGCUCCAGCUGGCCUAUAACUGGCACUUUGAGAUUCCUUCAGUGGCUGAAGCAACCCGCCUUUUCUCAGUCCCAGAUUUUAUAGGUGAUGCCUGUAAGACGUUGGCCUCACGCAUCCGGGGAGCUGUGGCUGCUGUCACCUUUGAUGAUUUCCAUAAGAACUCAAAUCGUCUGAUCUGUGCUGCUGUCUUUGGGUUUGAUGGAGAAGGGACCCUGCGCAACUCCUUACGCUUUUCCCCAAACGGCCUAGUCAUCAGCAGCGUUGAUAUUCAAAGUGUGGAGCCAGUGGACCAACGGACACGGGAUGCCCUCCAGCGCAGCGUGCAGCUCGCCAUUGAGAUCACCACCAACUCUCAGGAAGCCGCUGCUCGACAUGAGGCAGAGAGGCUGGAACAAGAGGCCCGAGGUCGUCUUGAACGGCAGAAAAUCCUUGAUCAGGCUGAGGCAGAACGAGCCCGGAAGGAGCUGCUGGAGCUGGAAGCACUGUGCACGGCUGUUGAGAGCACAGGGGCAGCCAAGGCAGAGGCCCAGUCCCGAGCAGAGGCAGCCCGAAUUGAAGGAGAAGGAGCUGUUCUGCAGGCCAAGCUGAAGGCUCAAGCUACUGCCAUAGAGACGGAAUCAGAACUGCAGCGUCUUGCACAAGCCCGGGAACAAGAGCUGCGCUUUGCCAAAGAGCAAGCCGAGUUGGAUGUGAGCCUGACAGAAGCUAUGGCUACUAUUGAAGUUAAGAAAUUUGAAACUGUCAUCAAAUGCAUUGGAGCCAACACUAUCCGCGACAUUGCAGUGGCUGGGCCAGAGAUGCAGGUCAAAUUGCUCCAGGGUCUUGGAAUCCAUUCCACCCUCAUUACAGAUGGUUCUUCUCCUAUUAACCUCUUCACAGCUGCUGGAGGACUGCUGGGGAUCAUGCCCAAGCCUUUGGAGGCACGAAAUCAAGAUUAACACUCUCUAUUAUUACUUAAUGAGUGCCUUACAAAAACAUGCCGGGGGACCAUGUACUUCCCCAGAAUGUGUGAAUCUUUUGAUGGGGCAAAGUAUAAAAUAAACAUA